UCGCCUUCCCUCACCGACAAAUAGUGAAUCACAACGGCCAGAACGCACAUUUCAUUUCCGCCACAGGAAAAUGGAAAUUGCACCCUCUUCCGACGAUGAAGAAGAUCGCAGGAAGCUUAUCGGCAAUGGAGGACAGUGGGAUGGCGCAAAAUCUCCAGCUCGGUCCACUUUCCAGAUCGACGACAUAAAAAACCGGUUCAACGACGCCGGGCGAUUAGACUGCGGCUUCAAGAAGAGGUACUGCUUAGCCUUCAUUCUCCCACUCUUUGUUCUCACCCUUUACGUUACUACUGACAUCAAAGGCAUCUUCCGAACUGGAGUCUCUAAUAUCGCCUUCGACUUUACGGUUAGUCGCAUGCGCGAGUCCGAGUUACGUGCUCUGUAUAUGCUUCGGCAGCAGCAAUUAGGGCUUUUCAAGCUGUGGAACCACUCGUUCCUAAAUACAACGAGCUCCGCUUCUGUUAAUAAUACUGAUGAUUCUAAUAAAUUGCUUUCGAGUUCGCCAUCUUCCAUUGUAAUAUCAGAGGAUAUGAAAGCUGAUUUGCUUAGUCAGAUCUCAUUGAAUAAGCAAAUUCAAGAAGCUCUUCUGUCAUCACAUCAAUUCCAGAAUUCAUUAGAUGUAUUAUCAGAUAAUUUCACAGAUCCAAGCAUUAGCGGACUAGGUAGGUGUGCGAAGGUUGAUCAGGGGUGGUCUGAGAGGAAAACUAUCGAAUGGAAGCCAGAACCAAAUAAGUAUUUGUUUGCCGUUUGUGUCUCUGGUCAAAUGUCGAACCAUUUGAUUUGUUUGGAGAAACAUAUGUUUUUUGCAGCAGUGCUUAAUCGCAUUUUGGUCAUUCCCAGCUCAAAAGUAGACUAUGAGUUUCAAAGGGUUUUGGAUAUUGAACAUAUAAAUACGUGUUUGGGGAGAAAAGUAGUUAUUGCUUAUGAGGAGCUUGCAGAAAGUCAGAAGAACCGUGUGCAUAUAGAUAGGUUCAUUUGUUAUUUUUCUCUGCCGCAACCUUGUUUCAUGGACGAAGAGCGGAUUAAAAAGUUGAAAUCUUCAGGAGUUUCCAUGAAUAAGCUGGAAACUGCUUGGAACGAGGAUAUUAAAAACCCGUCACAGAAGACAAUCCAAGAUGUAGUUUCAAAGUUUUCUUCAGUUGAUGAUGUUAUUGCUAUUGGCGAUGUGUUCUUUGCGGAUGUUGAGAGAGACAUGGUGGUGCAACCAGGCGGACCCAUUGCGCACAAGUGCAAAACCCUAAUUGAGCCCAGCCGUCUUAUUGUGCUCACUGCCCAAAGAUUUGUUCAGACAUUUUUGGGUGACAACUUUAUAGCUCUUCAUUUCCGUCGGCACGGUUUCUUGAAAUUUUGCAAUGCCAAGAAACCGAGUUGCUUCUACCCCAUUCCUCAAGCUGCUGAUUGCAUCAAUCGUAUGGUUGAAAGAGCCAAUUCCCCAAUAAUAUAUCUAUCUACAGAUGCCGCAGAAAGUGAAACUAAUUUGCUUCAGUCUCUGGUUCUCCUCGAUGGAAAGAGUGUCCCUCUUGUUACAAGACCUGCUCGUAAUUCAGCAGAAAAAUGGGAUGCUUUAUUAUAUCGGCAUGGCCUUGAGGGAGACACUCAGGUGGAAGCAAUGCUGGACAAGACAAUAUGUGCAUUGUCCGCUGUGUUCAUAGGAUCUCCCGGGUCCACCUUCACCGAGGACAUUCUAAGGCUCCGGAGGGGCUGGGGCUCAGCAUCUCUGUGUGAUGAGUAUCUUUGUCAAGGUGAAAUCCCAAACUUCAUUGCAGAUGACGAGUGAGUCCCAAACUUCAUUGCAGAUGACGAGUGAGUCAUACACUUUGGGAACUACAGUGACUAGGGGUGCGAUUGGCCACCACAAGUUUGGUGGAACCAGAAAUACACUCGCCAUCAAGUUAUAUACUGCAUUUGGCUGAUCAAUGUUGCCUGAUUUUUUAAGGAGACGAAGUGGUCUAGCCGUUUGCUCAUUCUUGCCUUUAUGUUUGUGUGUAUGUAGUGUAUAAAUUUUACAGUUUUGGUAUAUUAGGUAGUCUCCAUUUUUUGUCUUUGACUUUUCUGUUUUGAUAAAUAACUAGAUUUUUUCCCAGUAUAUAUCUUUCCUGCGAGUCUGGGACCUAUCAACUGAGUCUUGGAAAUUCGCUGUGGGUGUAUAUUGAGGGUUUUGGCAUUAAGUUAGGCACUAUGAAGCAUCAACUGAGUCUUGAAAAUUCAUUGUGGGUGUAUAUUGAGGGUUUUGGCAUUAAGUUAGGCACUAUGAAGCACGGAUACUUCAGGGUAAUAGGGUAUCGUAUCGGCGUAUCGGAAACGUUCCAGUAUCUGAUACUCUAGAAUACUCGUACUAUACGUUCUCG